AGCAACAAACACGUACAGACACAACUCAAGACAAAAAGAAAACACAAUAAAAACAUACUAAAAAUAGAAACACAAAAUUAAUUAAAUGGUUCAAUAUAAUUGUCAUAUAAGCCGCGCUCUACAAAGAUACAGAGUGGUGUUAAUUAAAGAUUAACAGAGCAGGAUAUGUGACGUUGUGUGAUUUCACUGGACUUUGACAGUGAGUCACUUCAGUGUCUGAGACGAGGCGACUGAACCACCUGACAGGUAGGCUGAAACUGUCUUUAAAUGUAUUAUUAGAAUUAUUAUUAUUAUUUACUUCCAAUUUACUGAAACAGUGUUUUACAAAUAAAGUAACAGAAACGAAAGUGGCAGAUUUACAACUCAUUUUAAAUGUAUUCUGUUGAAGUGACAUCUCUGCCCUCCACAUACGUGAGUAAACAUAUUUUAAGAAUAUACAACACCUGUGUCACAUGAUCAUGUGACUAAACACCAAGGGAGUCUUAGUCCUAAAGAUGGAAGGUGGUAAAACUUUAAGCUUCUUUGUUUCCAGAAAUAAUGUCAGUCAAAAAUAGCUCAACAAAGAAAACACAGGAUGUUAACUCACAUGAGCAAAGUUAGACAGGUGACAGGUGUUUCACAUGUGACUCUACGUGCUGUUUUAUAAGAUACGAAAGUUUCAUCGGCAACUGUUUCUUAUUGUUUGUGUUUCCAUAGUUACAAUAAAUAAACAAAAUGAAAAAUGGUAAUUUCACCACUUAUUGUUUUGCAUUAAACUGAAAUGGAUAACAGAUUAUUUUUUGCAUAAACUCAAUUAAAUUGUAUUUGUCCUUUCUGGGGAUCAACAUUUUCCUUAAAGUUCAAAACUCCAAGAUGCUUCACCUGAAAGGACUCGGUGCCAUCGGCGCUUUGGUUUUCCAUCACACCCUCGUCUUGGUUCUCCUAACACGUCGCUGCGAAGGUGAGUCUCAGGUGAUUGGUCCAUCUCAGCCAAUAGUGGCAGCUGUUGGUGAUGACGUCGUGUUGCCAUGCCACCUGGAACCUGCCGUGGACGCUUCAAGCAUGACAGUGGAGUGGACGAGACCUGACCUGAGUCCCAGAUUUGUGCAUGUGUGGCGUGACGGUGUGGAACUGGAGAAUAAAAAACACCCGUCCUACGUGGGGAGAACGUCAGUGUCCGUCAACAAACUGAAGCUCGGAGACGUUUCACUGAAACUGUCCAGAGUGAAACUGUCUGAUGAGGGAACGUACAGAUGCUUCGUUCCAACUCUGAACAGAGAGUCUAGUGUAAAGCUUGUUGUUGGUGCAGUCUCCUCACUUAUCAUCAGCUUGAUGAGGACUGAGAAUGAUGGGGUGGUGUUGCAGUGUGAGUCUAAAGGCUGGUAUCCAGAGCCUGAGCUGUUGUGGCUGGACGGUGAGGGAAAGCUGCUCUCUGCUGGACCUACAGAGACGGUCAGAGGUCCUGAUGACCUCUAUACUGUCAGCAGCAGAGUGACUGUGGAGAAGAGACACAGCAACAGCUUCACCUGUAGAGUCCAACAGAAGAUCAUCAACCAGACCAGAGAGACACAGAUUCAUGUUCCAGGUGAUUUCUUCAACACCUCGUCUGGAUCUGCUGUUCACAUCACCAUCGGCUUGACGGUGGUCGUCAUGGUCAUUAUUGCACUUGUUUUUGUUGUGUGGAAAAGGAGACGGCAACACAGAACAGGAAACAGAUGUACGACUUCAACAACCACAGGAACUUCAAGUAACUGCAAAGAAAGCCACGCUCUGUUUGAUGAAAAAAGAGAAACAGUACAUGUCUCGGCAGAGAGCAUGAAAAUCAAGGAUUUGGAAGAGAGAGAAGCAAACCUCAAUGCACAGUUAAAGGAACUUGAAGAUGAACACAAAGAUGUGGUGGGGGUGGUUAAUUUAUUAAUGGAGCACAAGAAGAAUCUGGAGAACCAGAUCCUGGAAUUUGAAUUUCAACUGGAUGAGGCUGAGAAACAGAGCGAUGAGAAGCAGAGUCAGCUGCUAACACCAACAGAGGAAACUCUGGAUGAAAACAAGUGUCUUGACACCAAAACAAAUCCUGACACAGUGAAGAAAAUGCAGCAGGAAACAGACGCAUUGUUAAAUUCAGUAAUCUGUGGGGUCACUAUAUUGACAGAGAAGAAGAAAGUGUUAGUCGACCUUGAGGAAAACAUUGAUAAACAACUGGAGGAGAUAAAGGAGCAGAGACAGAAGACACUCGGAGGCAGUCUGUCAUAAGGAUCAAUACAAACUCAAUCAUUUCAGCUGCCAGAAAAGAAAGCUGAAGCAGAGACGGGAUGACACAUUUGAGGACUAAUAAAAAGUCCUCAAAUGCUUCAGAUUGAUAAAACUAAAGAUCAUUUCAUACAGAUCUAUGAAACAUUCCAUCACAACCAUCUCAAUAAUCAUACAAAACAGUAUUAACUGUUUUAUUACUGGACAGUUUCAUAAUUUGUUCGGCCACUGGGUGGCAGUGUUGUGCUUGAAAUGUUUCUCAGUUAAUUCAAUAGUUCUGAAAGUUUUUAUCUCAUUGUUCACUAAUGUUUUGUUAAGGAAAAUGUUACAUGAUAAAUAUUAUGUAACACACUUUAUUCACAUGAUAGUAAUCAAUUUUCACAUGGUCCAUUAUAGUACGUGCUUUAUGUGAUACAUUGUCUUGAAACAUAUUCAAAUACAACUGUAUUUAUCCUCCUCCUUCACUAGUUCACAUGGGGAAGGUGUAUUUGACAGUGUGAUUCUUUUCUUACCAUAGUCUGACAUGAUGUUGUUGGUUUGCCAUUUUAGGUCCUUAUUACAUUAACAGGUGUCACACAGUGCGGCCACUUUAACCACUUUUCAACCUCCACCUCUUCAAAUAGACACUGAUGCUUCGAGUUACCUGAAACUCUUCAGGUCUUUUCUGCUGCAUAAUAAAUCACACGUUGUCAUUAAUUAAGAAUCAACACCUUUAUUCUUUACAAAUUUACAUAACCUCCAAUAUCAUUAAAUGUUUCUCAAUCUAUUUCUUAUGAACACAGAAAUGUGCCAUUGUUUUUCCUUCUGCAAUGGAAACGAUUAAAACUGUAACAGAUCAGAAUAUUUUGGAGAGCCUGCGUUCAUUAAAGAGUCCUGCAUUAAUGUAA